UCAUAAAUCUCUUCAGUGGCUGCUGCGUAAAAUACGCUUGUUUCUACGCACACAGAGUCUUCAGUAUUCGGGUGGUACCUUGCUGAAAGCGGCGGGCCAUGAAAUGACCCUCCGGGUUACAUGACGAUUAAUUGGAGCUAAUUUUGCCCAAAGGUCAGACGGUUGUGAAACGAGCCCCUCCAGCGGGUAAGAUGGAGGCAGGACGCAGGAGAAGGAGGCUCAGCGCGCAGAAACGUGACGAGGCAGCCAGAGAGCUGUUAUGCAACCGCUGACCCACUAACACAUAUCUGUGGCAGCGGAGACGCAGGAACUGGAGCAAAGUGUCCGGGAGCGCACCGCAGCAGAUCCACGCCAGCAGCCGCACCGCAGAGACCCCGCAGCCCGGCCGGCAGGACAGGCGCCAACUUUACACAUUGAGAGAGGUUUCCUGUGCGGGAAGACGCGGACUGAGACAGCUUUUGUGUCGGGGAAGCCUGCGCCGUCCGUCCCCUCCUCCAGCUUCAGGAAAGUAACCCAGUUAUCAGUCAGCAAACGAGCGGGAUCGUGGAGGAGCCUUGAACCAGACGUACUGACCUACAUUCAGCUAAGACUCAGCAGGAAUUGGGGCAGUGGUCUGACGGACCGCUCCGCUGAAGAGACACCCAUAGAGCUUUGGAGGACUUUCUGGAGAAGUUCAUUCUUUGUUCUUUUCCACGCUUCUGAAAGACUACUUCAAUGUCUGAGGUUUUUGUGGAGUUCCACCUCUUUUUAAUCUUUCUGGCUAAUCUGGACACUUGAACGUUUUGCUCUCAAGAAGAAAGUAAUGUAAAUCAAUGAGGCUUUUGCUUCAAGGUUCACAAACUACUCUCCCAGAAUAUUUUGCUGACCCUGCUACAUAGACCCAAACCAGCCAGGAAGCAGAGGAACCUCACGCAUUCACAUUUCCCCUCCUCGUCUUUGUUAGGGUCAUCCUCUGGCCCCCCAGCUGGGAAAAACAUGGAGAGUCUCAGUCUGCACAUCCCAGCCGCCAGCACCAAAAAUGCCAUAAAAGGAGAUACUUUUAGCCCCUACAGCAGCGGCCUCCCAUCCCCGGCACCUGAAGGACGAGGUGGUAGACAGUCCAAAAGCGCCAAGCCCACCAUGACCUCUCGCCGCAAACGCGAGUUCAUUUCCGAUGAAAAGAAAGACGCCUCCUACUGGGAAAAACGAAGGAAGAACAACGAGGCUGCCAAGCGCUCCAGAGAAAAGCGACGCAUCAACGACAUGGUGCUGGAGAACCGGGUCAUAGCGCUGAAUGAGGAAAACGUGCGCCUGAAGACGGAGCUCCUGCAGCUCAAGCUGCGCUUUGGUCUGAUCAGCGCGGCCUCCUACAUGGAGAAGAGCCAGCAGAUCUCCAGCAGCGCAGCAGAAGUCAGCAACAGUAGCGGCAGCGCGAACGGCACUCCCAGUGGCAGUGCCUACCUCUCCAGCAGCGGUUACUCCAGCGCGUCACAGGUCAUGCUGAACUCCGACUCCUCAGAGACGGAGCAGUCCAGCCGCGGCGAGUGUCCUGCCGCGCUCCACAAGUACUCUCCUCUGGGCUCCGUGUCCGACAUGUCCGACGGCUCGUCCAGGGACAGCCCCGAUCCCAUCAGCUACAGCAUCAAGAAGGAGCCCUCUGGCUUGGAGAUGGCUGGACUGGACAGCAGCAGGCAAAAUGGGAUCUACCACAGCGGUCUCACCUCUAUGGGUUCCUCUCACCAGACAAGCGUCCUGUUGGCUGAAACCGCCAAGAACUACCAGCAUCACCAACAUGAGCAGCCGUGCCGCAUGGAGACUUCCAGUCCUGCUCCUCAGGCCACGUCUGCACCCCGGAGUGUCAUCCUGUACCAGUCCAGCAGCGGCUGCUACCCCAUGGAGAGCCAGAGGCCAGAGGAGGGCAGACCCCCUCAGCACGCCGCGUCUUCCCAGUUCUCAGACUGUUCUUUGAGCAUCACAGAAGUUGCAGAGAAGUUGAAAAGGACAAAGACCAUGGACUCGCCCCAGUACGAGUACGCCAACGAGCACGCCGAGGAGCUGCAACAAAGUUAUCACAGCAACCAACAGCCACACCAGAACCUCCACCACUGCAGCUACCAGGGUCAGGAAAACUGUCUGCAGCCCCCCGAGAGCCACCAGAACCCCUUCGCCCCCAAUCUCAUCGAUAGCGAGGAGGGCAAGCCCUCAUACAUACAGCAUAACGGCUACCUCAGCACGCUGGAUGAAGAGCCACCGGUGCUCACCUAUGAGGGGGGGCCACAAGCUGAUGGCUUCUAUCAAGAAAACUUCUCCGCUAAAGACACCUCCUCCAGCGAUGGAGACCCCCGCAGUUCAGACAAGGAAGGCUCCACCGAUGACGAGUCGCCGUCCUCCUCCUCCUCUGACAUCAGCAGCUACCACCAGAAGAUGGAGGAGGCCACUGGUUUGCUUGGCCAGAGCCAGGCGGAGGUCAAAGCAACCGCGCUGCCCCACAAGCUCCGCCUCAAGUACAGAGCCCUGUCCAAUGGGGCGUCUGGAGCUCAGCCGGAGGGCGGAGCCAUGCCGCUUUCACCCACGUUGCCCCAACAUCCGUACUUGGCUCUGCCCAACAACCCCCACAGCAGCCAGGCCAGCGAGGAGAGCAAAGAGCUGGAGGCCGACGAGGAGGAGCUUCAGGUGAACGAGAGGGCCGAGGCCAAAAGGGAGGCGGGGAAAAGGGGGUCCAGCAGUGGGAGGGGGGUUCGCAAUAAAAGGCGAGAUUAGAAGGAAAUGAAGCAGAGUCCAGACCGGAGGAGCUGCUGUGGGUCAGUCAACCAUCUUCACUGUGUCACCUCCACACCCCCACCCACCCCCAUGACCCCUCCUCUGUGGAAGUUCUCACAGUUUUCCAGUGAUUGGUUGUUGUAGUUUGCCUUAGUGGCGGGCCAGUGUUUGUUGUGGCAUUGCAGGAGCAUUCCUUCGACCAAAGACACACACAUUUCCUGUACAACCCCCCAUUUUCAAACACACAAGUUCUCUCCACUCCUGAAACAUUUAAAUUGUAUAUUAUUGUAUCAUAUGAAUUUUCAUAAAGGAUUAUAUAUUUUAAGAAGAAAAAUGUGGCAAAAACCUAAAAAAAAGUUCAAAGCAGCAGGAUGUGGAAGCUGUAGAUUUCUCAGAGGGGGGGUUCGUCUUUUUAAAGAAAACUUUGUACAGUCUCUUUCCAUGUGGGAAACGCCUCAAUGAAACAAAAAUCACCACCCGCCAAACACAGCUGGAUGUGGGGGCUUGUCCGGGCUCAGGCUGGCCCGCUGUUCAUCCACAUCCGUCUUUUCCCGUAGAAACAAACAGCAAUGCUGCUCUCUUAUGACAUGGUGCCUCUUUAAUGUGAUGUUACCCCCCACACCGCUGGCAGGAGUCUCAGCCCCCCUAGCACUGAUUUGUUUCAGCGACUGUCGAUCGUAGUGUGUAAACUGUUUGACGUCCCGGUGCCUGCUCUGGCCGCUGUGUAUAAAUGUAAAGUUGUUUCUCUUGUAUACUGCAUUCUUUAUUUUAUUGCCAUUAUUAUUUUAUUAUUAUUAUUAUUUUCUAAAAUGUUUUGUGUGUUUUUUUUUCUCCCUUCCACUUGUCUUGUUUCGUUCUAGGCUCUUCCUGGUUGUGCUGUGUAUUUACUCAUGUGCCACCCUGUACCAGUUACCAUUUGUAUUUUGUGUUGCUGUAUACUCUUCCUGAAAACAAAAAAAGGAAAAAGGUUUGUUCUGCAGUGAUCAGGUGUUGAUAUAACUCAAAUGCAAAGGCAGAAUUGUUGAAAGUCCAGAUGUGGGUAAAAAAAAAAAGAAAAGAAUUAAAGUUUGUUAAAGUCACACAUGA